AUGUCGAAGGGAGGUGAUAUGCUCGACUUGGAUACCGCACCGCCACUUGCUAUUUUUUCUUUACCACCAAAGUACGUUGGUCAGGUUACCUUCAAACUGCACUCCAGCAUACCGGAGAGCAAACUUCAACUUUCGUCCUUCGUGUCCGACGUACAGGUUGGCCUCCACGCCUGUGUGAUGUUGCGUUUGCACAGUUUCACAUUUGCAUUUACCUUCAAGCAUGGUGUCCUCGGCUUUGUGUGGUUAUUAUUUGACUGCUCUGGUGCGGCCUAUAAGGGCUCAAAGCAAGUGGCUUUCCACAUUGACCAACAAAAAUGUUUGCCUAUCUUAGCCGUCCGCGUCGCCUCUAUUCACCGUCACAACAGUGGCUUCCUUCCCACAGUCUCACGUUCUUGA